AUGAAUGAUCUUCUCUUUGCAGAUGUCCCACAGAAGGACGGAGAGGAGUCUUCUCUAGACGCUGCCUCUGAACCCGCCUCCUCGCUGUUCGCUCACUGGGGUCGAGACCUGGGACCUGAGAGUCGAAGAGCGGCUCUGAAGAAGUUCCGAUACUAUGGUUACAACAGCUAUCUUAGUGACCGCAUCUCUCUCACGCGGCCGAUCGCCGACCUGCGACCGGACGGAUGCAGAAACAUGUCAUACUCAUCAGAUCUUCCUCAGCUCAGCAUCAUCUUCAUCUUUGUGAACGAGGCCCUGUCUGUGCUGCUGCGCUCCGUGCACACAGCCAUCCAGCGGACGCCACGCCACCUGCUCAAAGAGAUCGUGCUGGUGGACGACCACAGCAGCAGCGUGGAGCUGAAGGAUCACUUGCAGAGCUUUGUGGAUGAGACCAACAGCCAACACGGUCCUGACUUUGUGAAGGUGGUCCGACACGACAAGCAGGAGGGUCUGAUCCGGUCCAGGGUCAGCGGCUGGAGAGCGGCCACUGCCCCGGUGGUGGCGCUGUUCGACGCACAUGUGGAGUUCAAUAUUGGAUGGGCAGAGCCAAUCCUCCAGCGGAUAAAGGAGGACCGCACACGAGUUGUGUCUCCCUCUUUUGACAACAUUAAAUACGACUCAUUUGAGAUCGAGGAGUACCCUCUGUCUGCACAAGGCUUCGACUGGGAGCUCUGGUGUCGAUACCUCAACCCUCCCAAGUCCUGGUGGACCCAGCGGAACCAGACCGCACCAAUCAGAAGUCCAGCCUUGAUUGGCUGCUUUGUUGUCGACCGGAAGUACUUUGGGGAGAUUGGACUGCUGGAUGAAGGAAUGGAGAUCUAUGGAGGAGAGAAUGUGGAGCUGGGAAUCAGGGUGUGGCAGUGUGGGGGGAGUGUGGAGGUCCUGCCCUGCUCCAGAAUCGCCCACAUCGAGCGUGCCCACAAACCGUACACGCACAACCUGACUGUCCACGUGCGACGCAACGCACUGAGGGCAGCAGAGGUGUGGAUGGACCAGUACAAGAGCCACGUCUACAUGGCCUGGAACGUCCCGCUGCAGAACUCAGGGAUUGACAUUGGGAACAUCUCGGAGAGGAAAGCCCUGCGCUCCAGACUGCAGUGUCGGCCCUUCAGCUGGUUCCUGUCCAACAUCUACCCUGAGCUGCGUUCCUACAGCGACACAGUGGCCUACGGAGUGUUGAAGAACAGCCUAAGGGACGACCUGUGUUUGGACCAAGGGCCUGACUCAGAAAAUGUUCCCAUCAUGUAUCUGUGCCACGGCAUGACGCCUCAGAACGUGUACUACACCAGCUCUCAGCAGCUGCACCUCGGGGUGCUCAGUCCCACCAUCGAUGACGAUGACAACAAAUGUCUGGUGGACGUCAACAACAGGCCGCGCCUCAUUGAGUGUCGCUAUGCAGCCAACAAGCACAUGAAGCUCACCUGGGCCUUCUCUCAGGGUGGUUCGAUCCAAAACACUGAGUCCAUGAAUUGCCUGGAGCUGGUGGAAAACCGACAGUCCGAGUUCAGGGUCCAGCUUUCCAUUCAGGCUUGCACCAAUCAGAAGUGGACCAUCACAAACAUCCUGACCGUACUUCCCCAGUGA